AUGCAUGUUGUCAGAUUUGGGGCGUGUGGCAUACACAUAAUUCGAUCGUUCUCUUUGACUUGCCCUAAGAGACUACCGAGUUCAUUUGCGUAUUCAUCCUCAUCUCGACCCGCCGCAGGCUCCCAGAAAAUGUUCAAGAAAGCCCUCCAAGACCACUCAGGCAGUGGCACGAAACCUCUUCACCAGACCGACUUAUUGCGUGCCAAUGCAACGGCCCCCUCGAAGCUACAGUCACGAUCACAAUCCGGUGGUGUCAAACGAAAAAUUGAAAUGGCCGAGUCCUCGCUGGGGUCCCUUCAUAACGCAGUUUAUUUCGAUGAAAAUGACUUCGAUGAUGACCUGGACCUCGAUGAGCCACAGCCACUGAUUGCCCCGAGCGUGGCUGGCUCCGCCAUUCCUAAGGCAGUCACAUAUCCAAGCCUUGACACUACACCAAGAACCGGCAAGCCUGUUUACGGCAAUGAAAAUCUAACAGAAGUCAAUUACCCUGAUCUUCCAUCCAUGUCCCAAGAAGCAACAGCUCCUCAGAGUAGCAUGCAGUUACCGUGGUCGUCAUCGCCUCCCUCCCAUUUCCAACCGCCCGUGAGGAAACCCCGUACUCUUCCGUGGACUAAAGAAGAGGAACCUCGCGAAGACAAGAAAAAGAGCUUUGUGACUCCCAAACGUUCAAGGCCCACAGAACCAUGGAACAAACCCAAAAAAGCGACAUGA